AUGCCGAUUGAUUACGCAGCGUUCGCUUACGCGGCUUCUGUUGCUGGAGGUGGAAUACUCGGUUAUGUUAAAUCAAAAUCAAUUCCGUCAUUAGCCGCUGGCUUACUUUUUGGUACAAUUUUGGGAUUCGGAGCUUAUCAAACCUCACAGGAUCCUCGUAAUUGCGCAGUACUUUUGGGAUCAAGUGCCACUUUAGGUGGUAUGAUGGGCUAUCGUUAUUACAAUACCGGUAAAAUUAUGCCCGCUGGUGCUAUUGCAAUUAUUAGUGCUGUGAUGUUCAUAAGAACAGUAGUAAAAACUGUAACAACUCCACAAGUACAAAAAGUCGAAUAA